UGUGAGUACCAUUUAUUUAUUUAUUUUCUCACUUGCCUUAUAGAAACUGCAAGGAUUAAGAAAUAUGGAGUGGAUGUGACUCUGGAUCCCGACACUGCUAAUGCACAGCUCCUAAUUUCUGAUGACAUGAAACAGGUGCACAGCUCUGUGGAGAAAAUUAAUAUAUCUGAUUGCCCUGAGAGGUUUGAUGUCUUUGGCAGCGUUUUGGGACAGAACCCGCUGGCUGAAGGCAGGGCCUUCUGGGUAGUGGAGGUUGGGAACAAACGAGGCUGGGAUAUUGGGGUGGCAAGAGAGAAGGCAAACAGGAAGGGUGCACUCUCCCUCAAACCAAGCCAAGGAUACUGGGCAAUUGUGCAUUAUAAUAACGACAGUUAUGCAGCUCUGGAAGACCCUCCCACCCUGCUGUCUCUUUCAAAUAAACCCUGUAAAGUAGGGGUGUUUGUUGAUCACAGCGAGAAGUUAGUCUCCUUCUAUGACAUGGAAGCAGAAACUAACAUUUACUCAUCUACUGACUGUGCAUUUGGAGCAGCAAUUAAACCCUACUUUAGCCCGCACCUUAAUGAGAAUGACCCUUUGGUCAUUUUCCCUGUCAAUUCCAGUGAAUAAGAUUCCUAUUUAAAGGGAAAGGUAAUUUUUGAGCAACUGUAAAAGCUGUACUGUUCAAUAAAUUUCAUAGACCCUUAUGUAAGAACAAUGAUUGCCAUGUUCACAAGCAUA